CCUACAUUGUCAAACUAUUCCUAGGGCACUCGCCUUUCAAGAUAAUGGAAAGUACAACAUCACCUAUAUGCCAUGUCAGGUUCAACUAUGUGGGAAUGACACUAACAGUGCACUUUGUCAGUUAGAUACGGAAAUUAUGGAAUACUACUCUCUUGGAACUUAUACUAACUUCCAGUGGACCAUUACUGACUGCAAUCCCCUGGAGUUUAUGAUCCAUUAUGAUGGCGGUACCGAAGCCUCUGUUGCAAAAAGAAAGUUAAUCAAAAAAUCUUUUGUUUAUUUCAAGAAAGGAAAUGGCCCUACAAAGUUUACUUUUGUGAAUGAAGAACAUCCGGUAAUCUAUCAUUUCGAAGUUUCCGGUUCAGGAGUGGGUUCAGUCCAAGGUAUCCCCCCACCUACCAAUGUCAGUGCAGUCCAAGAGGGUCUCACUAGCAUCAUUGUGUCGUGGACUCCAUCCAGUAAUGCCACUGGGUACAGGAUCUACUAUGACGGCAGUGGAGGUCACAGUGGGUUUGAGGAUGUCACCGAUGGUUCUACUGAUAACUACAUUCUGGAAGGUGUUCAGAUGGGCUCUUAUACCAUUUUCAUUAUGGCACCUCUGAAGAUCAUCCUCCAAGCACUCUUGUGGAGCUGAAUAUCUUUUUGAUCUCACCUCCAGGGGAGAUACUGCUGGCUGUGCUAUCUGCAACCCCCACCUCCAUUUCACUCUCAUGGAGCAUUGCAAGUGGCUCGGUGAUGGGUUGGGAGGUAUUUUGGAGAGAUAUUAAUGGGAAUGUGACUGAAAACACUAGUGGAAGUCUCAGUGGUACCGACUAUACCAUUAAUGACUUGCUAACCACUACUUCGUACAGUGUUAGAGUCAGAGCCGUUAAUCCGAUUGGUACAACCGAAAGUCCUCGUAUCAUUAUCGUAACUUCAAACUUCUCUAACGUAAAUGAGACCUCUUUGCCUCCAACUUCAGUCUACGACUCUUGCCCACAAAUGAACAUGUCUUCUACAUCAUGCUCUGGAAUAGACAACAAUAUUAUGGCAUCUAUCGUAACUGGAGCAGUGGGGGUGGUGUUAUUGCUACUGCUUGCAUUAUCAGUAUCUGUUAAUGUUGUCAUGGUACUCAAAGCCCAUCCCUGCACAUCAGACAAAACAAGGAGUGGUGCAGUUGAAGUCUCGGGAUCAAAUAACGGUGAUAUGCAAGUAAACGCCACAGAAGAACCUAUAUACUCGAGUCCGUAUGAUAUUUCUGAAAAUGAAUUGUAUAAUAUAAUGCGAUUUGGAGCAAAACUAUAGCUAGCUAGCUACCUCAUCACCCCAUUUCUUAAUAACAUGCUCAAGUAGAAGAGACUUCGUUAUGUUGAACAUAAUUAUGUAUGGUGAUGAAUUAUUUCUGA